CAGACCCAAUUCAAAACUCUUGACUUUUGUCAAACCAAACAUUAGAAUUUUUGUCCACAAAAAUUAUAAUUUAUAAAUAAAACUACUUUCUUUAAAUAAAACAAACACAUUUUAGAAUAAAUUAAUAAACUAAAAUACUCAAUGUACUAACCCAAUUGGAAAUUUUCAUUACAAUGGACGUAACGCCCGACAAAAUCGAUUCUUUUUGUCGCACCUGCCUAGAUGUUAUGGGACCGGCAGGCAAAAUAAAUAUACACGAAACUCCAAACAUUGCAAAGUGGCUUGUUGUGUGUACCUCUUUGGAUUUUGAACGAGAUGAUGGCUUUCCAAGUCAUAUAUGCCAAGAAUGCUAUACCAAAAUACAAACAUGCUACGAGUUUCGUGUGAUGUGUAUUAAAUCUUUCCGUGAACUAGAUAGUGUUGUGAAUGCAUUUCCAAAACUUGAAAUCGAUAGACUCGAAUUUGAAGAUGCUUCUGCAAACUUAAAUAGUAUUCAAUGGCUACAAUUGGCAAAUAAAUUGGAAGUCAAUGAUGAGGAAUCGUUUGUUGUUCAACACAAACAAGAGAAUUCUCCACCACACGCUGAUGAAAUUCAAGUUGUUAAUAGCGUUACUGAACCUCCAAAAGUAUCUGUUAAGGAAGUACUCGACGAGCAGGAGAUCGAUCACGAUGUGUUCAGUGGUCUUGUUGAUGAUUCCACAGACUAUGAUUCCACCCCCGAACAAAAUAUACUCGACGGAGUAGAGGAGACUGCAGAAAAGAAAAACACCAAGCCACCAGCACGACGAAGAGGUAGAAAACCCAAAGAUGAUGACUAUACAAUGCCUGCUUAUAUUAAAACUCCUGAAAUCUACAAUUGUGAAAAAUGCCGAAAGAAAUUCUUCAAAAAAGAUCGUUUCGAUGCUCACUUGCGGCUGCAUAAAGGCCUCAAGCCUUAUCCAUGCAAAUUGUGUGAUAAAUCCUAUAACAAAUCUUCUCAUUUGAAAGCUCACAUUGAUGAUGUACACACCGAACACAAGGAAGACUUUAAAUGUGAAUACGAAGGUUGUGAUAAGGUAUUCCGUCGCAGGCAAACACUUCGAGUGCACUGUCGCAUUAAGCACUCUGAGGUAAAGUAUGAACCGAAAAUCUUCAUAUGUGAAGAAUGUGGUAAGACUUUCAAGAAUAUAAGUACUCUCAAAGAGCAUCGGUAUAAGCAUACGGGGGAAGAAUUUCCAUACAAGUGUGAACAAUGUGGUAAGGGAUAUAUAUCACAACGGACUUAUCGAGACCAUCAGAUGCGGCAUGCAGGGAUUAAGAACUUUGUUUGCCCAUAUUGUGGCCUGCGGAAAACAACGAAAAGUGAACUCCGUAUUCAUAUUAAUUAUCACACGAAGGAAAAACAAUGGCCUUGUCCGGAGUGCCCUCAAGUAUUCAAUAGUUCUGCGAAUCUUGGGCUGCACAAUCGAAUUGUGCACAAGGGAAUACGUCGAUUCAAGUGCAAAUAUUGUGAUCAGAGUUUCGGAAAAGCCGAAACUCUUAAGCAUCAUGAAAUGCGGCAUACAGGUGAGAAGCCACACGAAUGUAGUAUUUGCAAGAAACGCUUCAUACAGGUUGUGGCGCUACGGGCUCAUUUAAAAACGCAUAAUAAGGCUACCUAAUUGUUUUAAGUUACGAUAAAAAAAAUAAAUGUUUUAUUUCACAUAGUUUAAGUUUA